AUGCUGAACGACCUAUUUCGGAGCAACCGGGGAAUCAUUCCCUUAGGUUAUCGCCGCGGCCGCGGAUCAAUCCAAAGCUGGCGGCAUGGGCGGUAUGAACCCGCCAAGAAUGACGUGGAGCACGCGGCGACCGCAAUAGCAGAACCGGAGAAGAAAGUGGCGGACGCUGAGCGCAAGAAGCGCGUGCUCAUUCUCAUGAGCGACACCGGUGGAGGUCACCGCGCCAGUGCGGAGGCGAUCAAGUCGACCUUCGAGCUGGAAUACGGAAAUAAGUACGAGGUGACCAUCAUCGACCUGUGGAAGGAGCACACGCCGUGGCCCUUCAACCAGAUGCCCAAGAGCUACAGCUUCCUCGUGCGCCACGAGACGCUCUGGAAGGUGGCGUUCUACGCCACCAAGCCCAAGUUCGUGCACCAGCCGCAGAUGGCUGCGACCUCCGCGUUCGUUGCGAGGGAGGUGUCCAAGAUGUUGGACAAGUACAAGCCGGACGUGAUCGUGAGCGUGCAUCCGCUCAUGCAACACAUCCCUCUGCGCGUGCUGCGCUCGCGAGGCCUGCUGCACCGCAUCCCCUUCACCACCGUCAUUACCGACCUCACCACAUGCCACCCCACCUGGUUCCACCGACUGGUGACGGUGUGCUUCUGCCCCACCAAGGACGUGGCACAACGAGCGCUCAAGGCCGGUCUGCAGCCGCCUCAGAUCAGAGUGCACGGACUGCCCAUCCGACCAGCCUUCGCCAAGCCCUCAGCUCCCAAGGACGAGCUGCGCCGGGCAUUGGGGAUGGACCCUGACCUGCCAGCAGCGCUGCUGAUUGGCGGAGGGGAGGGCAUGGGGCCAGUGGAGGCGACUGCAAGGGCGCUGGCAGCCACCCUGGCGCCUGCGGGUGGUGGGGAGGCGGUGGCCAAGGGGCAGCUGGUGGUGAUCUGUGGGCGCAACAAGAAGCUGCUGGCUAAUCUCCAGGCCGUCAAGUGGCCCUUGCCUGUUGUGCUGAAGGGAUUUGUGACCAAUAUGCCUGACGUAAUGGCCGCAUGUGACUGCAUCAUCACUAAGGCUGGUCCUGGCACGAUAGCAGAGUCCAUGAUCCGGGGUCUACCCAUGGUGCUCAAUGACUUCAUUGCAGGACAGGAAGCUGGAAAUGUUCCAUACGUUGUCGACAAUGGCACCGGACUGUUUGAGGAGAAUCCCAAAGAGAUUGCAAACAUUGUGUCGGAUUGGUUUGGGCCCAAGGCAGACCAGUUCAAACAGAUGGCUGCCAACGCACUCCGCAUUGCUCGUCCAGAUGCCGUCUUUCGCAUUGUGCGAGAUCUGGACCAGCUUGCUUGUCGACCCCACACCCUUGACAAUGUCACAUUUGCUUUCACUUGA